UGCAUUUUUGCAGUCUUGUGGACUUCUGCUUUUUGUGUUUGGGAUUAACGCACAGGACGGUACCGGUACCUCUUCGACGUUGGAAUGUCCUCCACGGUUUUUAGAAUUCUUGUUACACGGAGAAUACCGAGAGAAGCCAUCGAUAUUCUUGCUACCAAAUGCAAUAUUGAUAUCUGGGACAGUGAUGAAUGCAUCCCUAACCAAACAUUGCAUAAACGAAUAGAAGGAGUUGAUGGAUUAUUUUGUCUUCUUACUGAUAAAAUUGGCAGUGCAACACUUGAUGCUGCAGGUCCAUCAUUGAAAGUAGUAAGCACUAUGUCUGUUGGUGUUGAUCACAUAGAUUUACGUGAAUGUGCCAGAAGAAAUAUAAAUAUUGGAUAUACUCCAGAUGUUUUAACAGCGGCAACGGCAGAAUUUACUUUAGCAUUAUUGCUUGCAACAUCUCGUAGAAUUGUUGAAGCAACACGAGAAGCGCAGAGUGGAGGCUGGGGAACUUGGAAGCCUACAUGGUUAUGUGGUCCAUCUUUAUUGGGAGGUACUGUCGGUAUAGUUGGUUUGGGUAGAAUUGGAAUCGCAACGCUGGAGAGACUCAGACCUUUUGGACCAAAAAAGUUUUUGUAUAAUAAUACUAAACGAAGGUCAAUAGAAGAGGAAAACGAACUUUCAGUCGAAUAUGCUACUCUAGAUGACCUUUUGAAAAGAAGUGACUUUGUGCUCUGCUUAUGUGCUUUGACUCCAGAAUCAACAAAUCUAUUUAACAGAGAAGCUUUUAAUAAAAUGAAAAGGACUGCGAUCUUUAUAAAUACAGCCAGGGGUGGUAUUGUUGAUCAAGAUGCUUUGUAUGAAGCCUUGUCGUCCAAUAAAAUCGCAGCUGCUGGAAUUGAUGUAACAAAUCCGGAACCUCUACCUGUUGAUAAUGCACUUUUUAAAUUAAACAACUGUGUGAUAACGCCGCAUAUUGCAAGUGCCUCGUUGCAAACCCGAACGAAAAUGGCUACUCUAGCUGCCGAGAAUUUGUUAUGUGGGUUGGAAGGUAUAGAAAUGCCUGCAAAAUAUUCCAUCUCCUGAUAUUUUAUCG